AUGGUUCAGUUGUCAAACUUUUAUUCGGCUGAAGCUUCGACGUCUUUGAUUCCACGGAUGAGUCUGAAGAAUCUAAAGAAAUCACGAGGAAAAGCUAUCAAGAAAUAUGUCACGCCAACAUUAAGAAACUCUCGUGGCUCAUUCUCACUACUUGUUCGUCUUGAUGGCGCAAAAUGUCAGCGAGCGAGAGCGUUGAGUGCUCCCGAUAGCAGUUUCCUGCCAGAAACCACCUAA